UUAUAUUCACACAUUUCGUAAAGUCUAUUAUUAUCAAUAUUUUGUGCUGUGCAUUUUAAUUUUAUUACUUGAGUGUUUAAUUUUCAAAAAUUUUCAUUUUAUUUCAAUUUAUUACGUUGAAAUAUUCGACCAUAUUCUGGCCUACGUGUUUUAUUGUAGAGGGGAUCACUAUUUUGUACUUCAUGUGUGUAUGGCCACAAAAUGUCAGACGCUACUUUCUCUUACCUUUACCUCGUUUAGGUAGGUUAUUAUCCAUUCUCUCUUCUAUUCUAUAGAUAGAUCCUGCCAUUGAAUAAACGAUAUUUCGAAACCUCUGAAUAAUUUCAAAAAAUAACUGAUAAGUUUAAAUAAAAAGUUAGUUUUAAUUUGGUGUAAAAAAGUGCGGGAAUUUAAUGUGUCAUGAUUUCUUUGUGAUAGUUGGUGUGACGAUGAACAGCUGAUAGGUAAUUCGUGCAAAAAAGUGUGUCUGGAAGAUGAAAUAUAUUGGACUCGUUUUUAUUGCAGUUUUUACUGUGUAUCAAUCAGAUCAACUAUUGAGUAAAACUGAAAAACAAAGACAUGAUGGUUGGUUCAAUAACUUAGCUCAUCCGGAAUGGGGAUCUGUCGAUAGUCAUCUUAUUAGAAGAACCCCAGCCGCGUACGUCGACGGCGUAUAUAUGCUUUCAGGUCAAGAUAGACCGAGUCCGAGGAAACUUAGCAGGUUAUUUAUGAAAGGUUUAGACGGUUUGGGGUCUACGAAGAACCGCACCGCACUAUUGGCGUUUUUUGGGCAAUUGGUUACAUCCGAGAUAGUUAUGGCUAGUGAAAGCGGUUGUCCAAUCGAAAUGCACCAUAUAGAAAUCGAAAAAUGCGAUGAAAUGUACGAUAACGAAUGCAAAGGAAACAAAUAUAUUCCUUUUCAUAGAGCCAGCUAUGAUACGAAGACAGGACAAAGUCCUAAUAGUCCUAGAGAACAGAUGAAUCAAGUUACGAGUUGGAUAGAUGGUAGUUUUAUUUAUAGUACCAGCGAGCCUUGGGUAAAUGCGAUGCGUUCGUUCCAAAACGGCUCAUUUCUUACCGACGCAACUGGUAAAAUGCCGAUACAUAAUUACAGAAGAGUUCCUUUAUUUAAUUAUCCUGUGCCGCAUAUGAUGAAAACAUUAAACACGGAAAGGUUAUUUCUGUUAGGUGACGCCCGUACUAAUCAAAAUCCGGCGUUACUAACGAUCAGCGUCUUGUUUUUUCGAUGGCACAACGUGGUAGCUUCUAGAAUAAAAAAGCACAAUCCAAAUUGGUCGGAUGAAGAUGUUUUUCAAAGAGCACGUCGUAUAGUUAUAGCUACUUUGCAAAACGUUAUAGCUUACGAAUAUUUACCAGCGUUUUUGGAAGACGAAUUGCCUCCGUAUAAAGGUUAUAAUCCGGACAUUCACCCCGGUAUUACUCACGUAUUUCAAAGUGCCGCAUUCCGAUUUGGACAUUCUUUGAUACCUCCUGGAUUAUAUAGGAGAGAUUCUAGAUGCAAUUUUAAGAAAACUCCAAUGGGCGACAUCGCUAUAAGAUUGUGCUCAACUUGGUGGGAUUCUAACGAAGUUCUAACAAAUAAUUCCAUAGAAGAGUUACUGAUGGGUAUGACGUCACAAUUAUCCGAACGGGAAGAUUCGGUUCUGUGCUCCGACGUCAGAGAUAAACUUUUCGGCCCAAUGGAAUUUUCCCGAAGGGAUCUUGGAGCUAUUAAUAUAAUGCGCGGUAGAGAUAAUGGUCUUCCGGAUUACAACACAAUACGAGCCGCCUAUGGAUUAGCAAAAUUUAAAAAUUGGUCGGAUAUCAAUCCAAGCUUAUUCAAAAAACGACCCGAUAUAUUGAAGACGCUCAUUGCAGCUUACGAUAAUAAUAUUGAUAAUAUCGAUGUUUAUGUCGGGGGAAUGUUGGAAAGUUACGGAAAACCGGGAGAGUUAUUUACAAAAGUUAUUUUGGAACAGUUUAUCCGUUUGAGAGACGCCGAUAGAUUUUGGUUUGAAAACGUUGAAAAUGGUGUAUUCACACAAAAAGAAAUUGAAGAAAUAAAAAAGAUUACGUUAUACGACAUUAUUAUAAACAGUACUAACAUUGAUCCCAAGGCGAUACAAAAAAACGUAUUUUUUUGGAUGGACGGCGAUCCCUGUCCCCAACCUAUGCAAUUGAAUACGUCACAAAUGGAACCGUGUAAAGUUAUAACAGGUUACGAUUAUUUCGAAGGAAACGAACUCGUCUAUAUCUACGCGUGCGUUUUUCUUGGUUUCGUACCGAUUUUGUGCGCAGGCGCCGGAUACGGAGUAGUCAAAUUACAAAACCGUAAAAGGAGACGUCUCAAGAUAAAACAAGAAGAGCUGCGAAACGGCGAGGUGAAAUUACAGGUGGAUACGAUGAUAGUAACGGAAUGGCUGCACGCCAAUCACAAGCGAGUUGUCAAGGUUAAAUUCGGUCCCGAUGUUGCCAUACACGUAUUGGAGAGGAAAGGAGAAAAAUUGAGAACAAUUAAUUUGAGUAACGUUGAUAAUAUGUUAAUAGAAGAAUCGAUUAACGUUACAACGAAAAAAAAACCGAUUGUUCUUAUACACGUGCCGAGAGAUUACGAUUUAGUUUUAGAAUUCGAAUCCCUAGCCUCGAAAAAGAAGUUCAUGAAUAAGUUAGAAGCGUUUUUGAAUUCGAAUAAGAAGACUAUAUUCAGUACACAGGUGGUACGAGAAGUACUUUUGGCUAAAGCUGAAACCCGUCAGCGACGAGAAAAGAAACUCGAACAUUUUUUCAGGGAAGCUUACGCCUUAACAUUCGGACUGAGACCUGGUGAAAGAAGAAGAAGAUCGGAUUCAAAUAUAGACGGUGAAGUGGUGACUGUGAUGAGAACGUCUUUGACCAAAAGUGAAUUCGCUAGCGCGUUAGGGAUGAAAGCAGACGCCAUUUUCGUUACUAAAAUGUUCAAUAUUGUCGAUAAGGAUAAAGAUGGGAGGAUAUCCUUUCAGGAAUUUUUGGACACUGUGGUACUUUUUUCUCGCGGUGCUACUGAAGAUAAAUUGAGAAUUAUUUUCGAUAUGUGUGAUAAUGAUAGGAAUGGGGUAAUAGAUAAAGAAGAACUAUCGGAAAUGUUGAGGUCUUUAGUAGAAAUCGCUAGAACGACUAGUUUAUCUGAUGAUCACGUUACCGAACUCAUAGAUGGCAUGUUCCAGGACGCCGGUCUUGAGUAUAAAUACGAUUUGACUUAUUCAGAUUUUAAAGUAUUAAUGCAGGAAUAUAAGGGUGAUUUUAUUGCGAUCGGUCUCGAUUGUAAAGGAGCGAAACAAAAUUUUUUGGAUACGUCCACGAACGUUGCUCGAAUGACUAGUUUUCAUAUCGAACCCAGUUUAGAAGAUAAAAAAAAUUACGUUCGAUUAAAAUGGGACACGUUCGUAACGUUUUUAGAGGAAAAUAGACAGAACAUUUUUUAUUUAUUUUUGUUUUACGUAGUCACCAUUUUACUAUUCGUUGAAAGAUUUAUACAUUAUUCUUUUAUGACUGAACAUACUGAUUUGAGACACAUAAUGGGCGUGGGUAUAGCUAUAACUCGAGGCUCCGCGGCGUCUUUAUCUUUCUGUUACAGCAUUUUAUUAUUAACGAUGUCCAGAAAUUUGAUAACGAAACUAAAAGAAUUUUCCAUACAACAGUACAUUCCGUUGGAUACGAAUAUACAGUUUCACAAAAUAGCCGCUUGCACUGGUUUAUUCUUUUCGUUAUUGCACACAGUCGGACAUAUUGUUAAUUUUUACCACGUGUCUACGCAACCGAUAGAAAAUUUGAAAUGUCUCACUAAUGAAGUUCGAUUUCCGUCAGAUUAUAAACCCGGAUUUACAUUUUGGAUAUUUCAAACAAUAACAGGUGUAACAGGCGUUCUUCUAUUUAUAAUAAUGUGUAUAAUAAUCGUUUUUGCACAUCCUACGAUUAGAAAAAAAGCAUACAAAUUUUUCUGGUUCACUCACAGUUUGUAUAUAGUGUUUUACAUUUUUUGUUUAAUACACGGCUUAGCAAGACUUACGGGGGCUCCUAGAUUUUGGUUAUUUUUCAUCGGACCUGGAAUUAUAUUUACGUUGGAUAAGGUUGUAAGUUUGAGAACAAGAUACAUCCCUUUGGAUGUAUUAGAAACGGAAUUAUUGCCUUCGGAUGUAAUCAAAAUAAAAUUUUACCGUCCGCCUAAUUUGAAAUAUUUAUCGGGACAAUGGGUUAGGUUGGCAUGUACGGCCUUUAAUUACGAAUUUCAUUCGUUUACUUUAACAUCGGCGCCCCACGAAAACUUUCUGUCUUGUCAUAUUAAAGCCCAAGGGCCCUGGACUUGGAAACUCCGGAAUUACUUCGAUCCUUGUAACUAUAAUCCGGACGAUCAACCGAAAAUUCUAUUGGAAGGUCCGUUCGGAGGAGGGAAUCAAGACUGGUAUAAAUUCGAAGUGGCCGUAAUGGUUGGGGGUGGGAUUGGAGUCACCCCUUACGCUUCCAUCCUUAACGAUUUGGUUUUCGGUACUUCGACCAAUAGGUACUCGGGUGUAACUUGUAAAAAAGUGUAUUUUCUGUGGAUAUGUCCGUCCCACAAACAUUUUGAAUGGUUCAUUGACGUAUUAAGGGACGUGGAAAAGAAGGAUGUAACAAACGUUUUGGAAAUUCAUAUAUUUAUUACACAAUUUUUCCAUAAAUUCGAUUUGAGAACGACCAUGUUGUAUAUAUGCGAAAAUCAUUUCCAAAGAUUAUCAAAAACGUCUAUUUUCACCGGACUAAAAGCUGUCAAUCAUUUCGGACGACCGGAUAUGACGUCAUUUUUAAAAUUUGUUCAGAAACGACAUAGUUACGUAAGCAAAAUUGGGGUAUUUAGCUGCGGACCAAGGCCUCUUACUAAAAGUGUAAUGUCAGCUUGUGAUGAAGUAAAUAUUGGAAGAAAGUUACCUUAUUUUAUCCACCAUUUUGAAAAUUUCGGAUAAAUUAACCAAAUAAAUGUUUUAAAUUGAUUUUAUUGUAUAUAUUAUAGUGCAACUGUAUUUUAUUUAUUCAAUAAAUUAUUUUCAUGUAA